UCAAUGUCCACGUUUGAGGCGUUACAGUUAAAACACGAGCGUGACCGCUCUCAGGCUUCUCUCUGCUAUGUACUUCCGAUUUAUAGUGUUUUGCAUACUGACAGUUCACCUGAAAGUGAUGAGGUAACAUUAUCUACUUGUGAAUUAUUCCAACAUGGAAAACAUGAGCAAAAUAAAGAUGAGAAUCAGGAUACAUUAUAUUCAUUGCUGGAAGAUAUUGAAGACAAUGAUCCAGAGACGGCAACGUUAGAUUUACAGAAGUUUUUAAGAAAUUGGGCCGUAACAAACGGAGUAAAGAGUUGUGCUGUGUCAGAUCUUCUAUCGCACUUGAAGAAAUAUCCACUUUUCUCUACUCUUCCAAAAGAUGCCAGAACGUUAUUACGUACCCCUCGAAAGUGUAAUGUUAUAAAUAUACAACCUGGCGAAUAUUGUCAUUUUGGUAUAACUAAUGGUAUAAUAGAAACACUCUCAAACGAUUCGAUAAAAGAACAAUGCAAAUUGCAAGGUGUACAUAUAGCUGUAGGUAUUGACGAUCUUCCUCUUUCCAAAUCGUCAUUAAGUACGUUUUGGCCAAUUGUAGGUUCUAUAGUUCCUAAUGGAUCUGUCUUUCUUAUUGGGGUUUACCAUGGAAAUUGUAAACCCGAAAGUAGCGCUCUCUUUUUGCAAAAUUUUGUAAAUGACGCAUUACUGGUGUAUGAACACGGAAUUGAAAUAGGUGAUAUAAUUGUUCCAUUUUCUAUAAAAUAUUUUAUUCUAGAUGCACCUGCUAAAUCAUUCGUUCUAAAUGUGAAAGGACACACAGGUUAUAAUAGUUGUACGAAAUGUCAUGUUAAGGGUUUGAAUGAUCAUGGACGCGUAUAUUUUAUGGACAAAAAUGCACAGAAGAGAACUAAUGAAGAAUUUAGAUUACAUACCGAUCAUGAAUAUCAUUUGGGUAUUAGUGAAUUAGAAAGACUGCCAAACAUCGAUCUGAUUAAAUGUUUUCCUCUCGAUUAUAUGCAUUUAAUCUGUUUAGGCGUUAUACGUAAGUUAACAUAUUUGUGGAUACGAAUAGGAAAUGAUUCUAAACGACAAAAAUGGCAACUUAGCUUUACUCAAAUUACACAUAUUUCGAAUACUCUAAUACACAUAAAACCAUUAGUUCCAAGUGAAUUUGCACGUAAGCCACGUUCAUUAAAAUUUAUAAAACAAUGGAAAGCCACUGAAUACCGACAAUUAUUAUUUUACACGGGAUUGGUCGUUUUCAGACAUGUAUUACAAGAAGACUUAUAUCGGCAUUUUCUAACAUUACAUGUAGCAGUUAGAAUUUUAGCGUCCAAAGAUCUUCAUGAAUAUUUAAAAUAUGCUCAAGUUCUUCUUGAGCAUUUUGUAGACUCGUUUGGGAUUCUUUACAACAAUUAUUUCAUAUCUCAUAAUGUUCAUGGACUUCUUCAUAUUACGGAAGAUGUUAGACAUUUCGGAAGUAUAGAAAAGUUUAGUGCAUUUCGAUUUGAAAAUUUUCUGUAUUUUAUAAAAAAAUUAAUUCGCAAAAGCGAGAAACCGUUACAACAGCGUUUUAAUCGUUAUAAUGAAAUUAAACGUAACAGCAAUAACAAAGAACAGCAUAUCACACUUUUUGAUAAAUUAAUACCUUUGGAAUCUUCUGCUUACAACGAUAUUGUACCAGAUGGAUGUAACAAUCCUUUAUAUAAAAAAGCAGUUUGUAAUAAUUUUACGUUAUCAGUUAAUAACAAUGCUAAUAAUUGUUGCGCUUUAGAAGAUGGUAGUGUUAUAAUUGUCCAACAAAUAGUACGACAUGUGCAGUUGAAUGAUUUUGUGAUAAUAGGAAAGAAGUUUGUACGAAAAACAUAUUUUUACAAUACUCCUUGCACAUCUAAUUUACUAGACACGUAUGUUGUUUCAGAAUCAGCGUUAUCGCAAACUAUAAUGUGGCUAUUGUCUAAAGUAAAACGAAAAUUUUUAAAAAUACCACAUGAAAAUGAUAAAUACGUUAUCGUACCAUUACUGCACAAUGAAAAUGAUUAACUUUUAAUAGUGAUAUGACAUGUGUGUAUAUGUAACACACUUAACAUAUGUGUUAGUCCGAAAUAUUUCACAAAUUGUUCUUUUUACAUUAAUGUACAUCUAUACUCGAAAAAAUCAAAAAGUCAAAGUACCACUUUGGUUUUUUAAUCAUCGGAAUAAAAGCAUCGUAGAUAGAUACAAAUCGUGCAACUUAACAGAAAUAAGUCAUGAAAUUUAUAAUAAUAAUAAAGUGAUAUAACAAACAGGAAAAUGAAGCAUAUAAGAU